CAUUCGCCAUUUUUGGUUUUCAAACAAUAAAAUGGUUCCGUAAUGCCUGAGCUUCAUAUACUGGGUCCGUUUGGGAUCCUCUUACUGACUUUCAUCUGUCUAAGUCUUUUCACGGACGAAUCCGUCUCAUAUCCGUACCGCUACGAGGACUUGGGCAAGUUCGUUGUCGCAGAUACGGAAUACGGACCAGUUAAGGGACUGAGUAUCAGGUCCCAGUAUGAACACAAACCCCAUCUGAGGAUCAACAUGUUCUUGGGCGUACCUUACGCCAAGAGAAUCGAACAGUAUAGCGACUGGAGACGCGAAUUCAGAUUCAAGAACGCCGAGCCUCCCUCCUGGUUUGGUACGUGGGAUGGUACGUACCACCGUCCAGCGUGCGCACAGCAGCUGUGGUUACUGCGUGAGACAUUGCCCAACUACCGCAACAUCAGCGAGGACUGUCUCUAUCUCAACAUCUACACGCCAGAUCUGCUCAAUGAGUUUGACACGUCGAACCCCCCGCUGUACCCGGUUCUUGUGUUCAUUCAUGGUGGGGGCUGGACGAUGGGGUCGGGACAGCAGUAUCCAGGAAUGUUCCUAGCCGAGAGGUUCGUCGUGGUUGUCACCAUCAACUACAGACUCAAUGCUUUAGGAUUCCUCAGCACCGGCGACAGACAUUCGCCCGGUAACUAUGGAAUGUGGGACCAGAUUCGUGCACUUGAAUUUGUGCGGAAGAUUAUUCGCAGUUUCCGUGGCAACCCAAACAAGAUCACAUUGAUGGGCCACAGCACGGGAGCAGUCAGUGUUGGACUUCACAUCGUAUCACCGAGAAGUCAGCACCUGUUUGAGCAGGGUAUCAUGAUGAGUGGUUCCGACCUCUGUGAGUGGGCGGUGAUCCCACAGCAUGAUGCCCGUGGUUAUGCACGUGCCCUUGGUUACGAAGUCGGCUGUCCCGCCAGCGACAGUCAGCGCUUGGUCGAGUGUCUUCGGAUGUACCGCAGCUACGACGAGAUUGUUAAUGCAUCAGCACGAGUCUUUAUGAAGAGAGGAAAGGUUGGCAAUCCUUGGGGUCCUGUUGUCGAUGGUGACAUCCUUGGUGUUGAUUACGCCUUCUUACCUGACCCCCCAGAUGACAUCAGACGUCAAGGUCGGCACCGACACAUGAAGGUCAUGGCAGGACUAGUUAAAGACGAGGGAUCAUUCUUCAUCCCGAACUUGCCAAACCUGUUGGAUGGAGUUACUCCUGACCAGUUCGACAACAUCCUGAAGGAGUUUCUAAAAGACCGAGGAAUUGUCGACAUGGCCUCCACGAUCGACGCCACGUCCUUUCAGUACACAUACUGGCCACAGCCUACCAACUACAGCAUGGUGCGGCAGAUGCUUACUGAUAUGAUGUCUGACUACAUGUUUGGGACUGGGAUGAAUGAGAUGAUGAGGACGCAGGUUCAGUACAGCUCCACGUUCUUCUACGUCUUCAACUACAAAUCCUGGAACGACUACCUGCCGCCAUGGAGAGGAAUUGGACAUGGCAGUGACCUCCAGUAUGUGUUUGGCUUCCCGUUCUUCAACGAGACGUACACGAACCUGACAGGCCUGCGUCCUCGACAGUGGUAUGACUACGCGGACAGAAACAUCAGUCAGUAUAUGAUAAACAUGUGGACCAACUUCACUGUUAGGGGGAAUCCCACUCCGGAGGACCAGCCCAUCUUUGAGUUCCGCAACGCCACGUGGAUCAACUACAACCAGUACAACCACAGUUACCUGUCCAUCACGAACAAGACGGAGAACCUCACCAACUACCGACAGAAGGAAUUUGCCUUCUGGAAGGAAUACUUCCCGAAAGUGUCUGGAAGAUACAUCUUUGGCGGAGGAACAACUCCAUCUCCUCAGAACGCGAAGGCGUCUGUAUAUGAGCUCACGACCUGGUCAUUAGUUGCCGUGGCAACGCUGCUGAUUAUUCUCAUCGUAUCUGUCUGCAUUGUACUAGCUCGGAAGUCGAGGACUAAAAAAUACGAGGAAAAAGCGUCGUCCCAAUACCUCGCAGACUGGAGACAAACAAAUUGCUGAUUAAAAAUCUCAAAUCAUUGAUCUCUUGUCAUCCUACAAAAAGCUGAAAUUGAGAUCAGUGUGUGUGUGUGUGUUCUGUCAUUUAGUGUCAUCCGGUUAAUACAAGUGAACAUUAUACGAGUAUACUAGAUGGGUUCACCAAAUCUGCAUGUUUAAUGCAUGCACCCAUAUCCUGGCAGACAGUUUUUAUUUUUAAUGCACCCCGAUGAAAGUUAUACAUUAUUUAUAAUGAUUGUAAUUUUGUAAAACCUUUGUUUACUGAACUUCAUUUAAAACGCAUCAGACAGAUUUGUAUUCAUGAAAAAGGAUAAGAAAAGAAAUAAUAAUACAUUUAACAGGUUUUAUGUAACUGCUUUUCUAGAUGUUUUCUUGUAGGCAUUAAAUAAACAAAAAAUUGUAUGUAUGGGUUAGGGUUAUUGUAUAUUGUGUAGCAAUAUAGAUAUGUGUAUGUGUAUAUGUGUAUGUGUAUAUGUGUAUGUGUAUAUGUGUAUGUGUA